UGCCUGCAGUGUCUGAGUGCAGCCAUAUUCCUGGUGUCUCUUUAGGUGGCCAUAAAAGUCAUCGACAAGAAGAGAGCCAAAAAGGACACCUAUGUCACUAAAAACCUUCGGCGAGAGGGGCAGAUCCAGCAGAUGAUCCGCCACCCCAACAUCACCCAGCUCCUCGAUAUCUUAGAGACGGAAAACAGCUACUACCUGGUCAUGGAGCUGUGUCCUGGGGGCAACCUGAUGCACAAGAUAUAUGAGAAGAAGCGGCUGGAGGAAUCUGAAGCCCGCAGAUACAUCAGGCAGCUCAUCUCGGCGGUGGAGCACCUGCACCGGGCCGGGGUGGUCCACAGAGACUUGAAGAUAGAAAACUUGCUGCUAGAUGAAGACAAUAAUAUCAAGCUGAUCGACUUUGGUUUGAGCAACUGUGCCGGGAUCCUGGGCCACUCCGACCCGUUCAGCACGCAGUGUGGCAGCCCCGCCUACGCCGCUCCCGAACUUCUUGCCAGGAAGAAAUAUGGCCCCAAAAUCGAUGUCUGGUCCAUAGGUGUGAACAUGUAUGCCAUGCUGACGGGGACCCUGCCUUUCACGGUGGAGCCUUUUAGCCUGAGGGCUUUGUACCAGAAGAUGGUGGACAAGGAAAUGAACCCCCUUCCCACCCAGCUCUCCACAGGAGCUGUGAACUUCCUGCGUUCUCUCCUGGAACCAGAUCCCGUGAAGAGGCCCAACAUCCAGCAAGCACUGGCCAACCGCUGGCUCAAUGAGAAUUACGUGGGCAAAGUGCCAUGUAAUGUCACCUAUCCCAACAGGAUUUCCCUGGAAGACCUGAGCCCCAGCGUGGUGCUGCACAUGACCGAGAAGCUGGGCUACAAGAACAGUGACGUAAUCAACACAGUGCUGUCCAACCGCGCCUGUCACAUCCUCGCCAUCUACUUCCUCCUAAACAAGAAACUCGAGCGCUAUUUGUCAGGGAAAUCCGACAUCCAGGACAGUGUCUGCUACAAGACCCAGCUCUAUCAGAUAGAAAAGUGCAGGCCCACCAAGGAGCCCUAUGAGGCCUCCCUGGACACCUGGACAAGAGACCUUGAAUUUCAUGCUGUACAGGAUAAAAAGCCCAAAGAACAAGAAAAAAGAGGGGACUUUCUUCAUCGGCCAUUUUCCAAGAAGCUGGACAAGAACCUGCCGCCGCACAAACAGCCCACAGCCUCGCUCAUCACGCACACUCAGAACACCAGGGCCCUGCUGAAGGACCGGAAGGCCACCAAGCCCGGCUUCCCUGACAAAGAUUCCUUCGGCUGCCGCAAUAUUUUCCGCAAAACCUCGGACUCCAAUUGUGUGGCUUCUUCCUCCAUGGAGUUCAUCCCGGUGCCACCCCCCAGGACCCCCAAGAUUGUCAAGAAACCGGAGCCCCCUCAGCCAGGGCCUGGGAGCGCCGGCAUCCCCACCAAGGAAGACCCCCUGAUGCUGGACAUGGUGCGCUCCUUCGAGUCCGUGGAUCGCGACGAGCAGACGGAAGUGCUGUCCCCAUCCCAUCACUACAGGAUCCUGAGCUCCCCCGGGGGCCUGGCUCGCGGGAGUCCCGGUGAGCGAACGCUCUCGCCCGUCCUGCUGCCCGGAAGCCCAUCCCCCCUCCAAACCCCUUUGCACCCCACUCUGGUCUCCUUUGCCCACGAUGAUAAGAACAGCCCCCCCAAAGAGGAGGGCGUGUGUUCCCCACCCCCAGGGCCGGGUAACGGCUCCACGCAGCCCCUGGGGAGCCCGCACUGUGUGAAAAGCCGAGGCAGGUUCCCCAUGAUGGGCGUUGGACAGAUGCUGAGAAAGCGGCACCAGAGCGUGCAGCCCCCGGCGGACAGGCCCCUGGAGGCCAGCAUGCCCCCGCUGCAGCCCAUGGCCCCCGUGAGCCUCUCCUUUGACAUGGCUGACGGGGUCAAAGGCCAGUGUUAACUCGGCCAGCGGUGGGGUUCUGGGUGUUUCCACGGGAAGCAGUGAGCAGCUCCAUGAGUCCAUCAGGGUGUGAAGACUCAGAGGCCUCUCACGGAGCAUCUUUCCCGGCCCCACCUCCUCCUGAUGUGUGAUGUCCCCACAGCUGAAACCUGCAGACCCAGAGCCCUCAUACCCUGGUCUCAAGUCAGGUUCCCCCGGGGAUGCUGGGAUCCCCUGGGAGGUGGCCUUCUGUGCAGCCAGCUCCGAUCAUGCGCGGCGUCCCUCCUCCCACCAAUCACCGACCCUUUGCCCACCUCCCAGCUGGGCCCGGGCAGGCAAAAACCGUGCAUCGGCCUCUGGGCUCCUCCAGUUACAUACCCUUCGAGCUCUUUCUCCAUUUUGUGUUCUGUGUGUGCCUCUCAGCGGGUGGUUCCCUUUUCAGCAGUCAGAGGGGUUCACCCAGGCCACGGUUUCCCCUCCUUUCCUAGAAGUGAAUCCCUGCAGGGUGGCAAGAGCUGGUGCCCCAGAGCACCAGCCUCCAGGAACCCCUGAAGAAGAUGGGCAGGAGCCUCUGAAACCAGCACCAACCCCUCUGAGCAAAACGGGGCAUCUGAUCAAAGACUGAUCCAAACAGCAGGGACCCUGGUGAGAGGAAAGGACCAGUGGGGACACUCAUUUGCCAAGCAAGGUUUUGACUUUUUUUUUCUUUUUUGGUUGAAACUUGCUAAUAGUUGAAUUAUCUUUCCCAAAGAUGAUUUUUCUUUAUGUGAUAUCAUUGAAUCAAAGCAACAUAAUUCUUAAAAACCUGGAUGGAGAGAUGGAAAGCGAUUUCGGCAAACUCCUGUUCUUGCGAGAGGAUAUGUGUGGAGGGCAUCAAAGCUCACCCAGGUGAUGUUUUUAGUGGCUGGUGGUCACUGAUCACAGCCGGCCCUGUGUUCUUCCCGUCACACCCCCGGUGCCCCCCUCCUUCUGGAAGCUAUAUUGCAUAGUCAGGUUUGCUUAUUUAGAAAGAGAGAAAAUGGUUAAGGUUGGAUGUGGAUGUACCCAGAAGACACCGUUACCUCUGUGCAGUGCAGUUUUCCAGCUGCCAAAAAAAUAAGUUUGGUUUAGAACUCCGCCAGUUGGCGGUGAGCUGUGAGAGGCUUGCCUGGAGAGAAUCACGUUCAAAGUACAGCACCACGUCUUCUUUGAAGAAAGCGGUGUUCCCCAAACAGGCUUUGAGUCCUUGUUUUGUUUUCACACCUUUUGCCAAGGAUGGAACCAAAGAUACAUCUCCGGGUCUGUGUCCGUGCCGUCGCUGCAUACGUGUUUUGUGGACCUCCGUGUUGUGUGACCGUGUCUGGCUGGAGCUGGCUUGGGGCUGGGUCCCCUGGGCCCUGGCACUUGGUGGGGACCACUCGGUCAUGAGCAGAACUGGAAAAAGAAGAAUCAGCACGGGUUGGAUAGCCGUCAGCCUGGGAGACAGGUUACACUGCGGCUUGGAGUCUGUAACUGUUGGCUGGUGCAGGCAUGACCAGAAACCACCGCUGUGGCCACCCCAGGGCUGGUCCUCUCAGCUCACUGAUUCUGAAGCAGGCCUGGAGCAUUGCAAAGCCUGCCUUCACUUCUGCUGGCAGCCAGCCUGCGCCAGAGGGCAGUGGGAGUGGUUCCUCAUUCACCAGCGGUGACCUUCUGCCCCACACGUCUCUGGCUGAGUGAGGAGGGCACGGAUAUCUGGCUGUCCCCAGAAGCCACCCCUAUGCCCAGUCUUGGCUUGACAGGAUCUUGGGCUACAGCUUCCUGCUUGAUAGGAUUGCCCCAGCCCAAGGCGGUCAGGCUCCUGGCUGUUGGUGACAUUCCUUUGUAUGGCUCCAGACCGGGUUCUGGAACUUUCCAUUGAAAAUAGAGCUUUUUAAGCAGAGAGAAAGAAAAGAAGCAUCGGAGAAAGGUCCCUCUGUCCAUCUGCCGUGAAGUUUUGGGUUUUGAUGGGUGAAGAAGCCGUUUCGGAGGCUGGUUUCCAGCUUCAAGGGCCCCCUCUGCAGGUUUGAGGGCUGCGUAGCUGUGCCUGUGAACUUCGUCUGGCCUUUUGUGUCUCUUUCUUGUGUUUUACUUGCCUUGGGAACAUGAGUGUGUCACCGUUAGCUUGUCGGGACGCUUCCCGUCCCUCGCACGUUUCAAGAACACCGCAGACGAUCCUACAACUGACCAACCGUGUCACCAUUGGCAACUUGAACUGUGAACUCAGGUCAAUUCUGAACCCAGUGAGGGGGUGCGGGGGUGGGGGGUGGAAAACUGUAUUGUGUGUGUGUGAGCACCUGGCCCAUCUAUGAAAUCGAGUAAAAGAAGAAAUGUUAAAUUCUUUUAUUAUUUUAUUAUAUUUAUAUGGAAAACUUGACUCUCCCUUGGUAAGGACAAAGUGUGUCAUUCGUUUGAACCAUGACUGUCUCUCGUUAGUCUGCGCCUGUGAGCUCAGUCAGCCUGUACUUACCGACGGAGGUGACUGAACCAACAUCGUGUGAUGUCCUGGAGGAAAAGUCAACUUUAAUUGUACGAUUUGGUCACAAGUAAGGACUGUAUUUAUGUCACCAUGAUUAAAUAUAUGUGCUUUUAUAAUGACUGUGAAAUACACUUUUCCCUCACUCUG